AUGCCCACAUUGCGCGCCAGGCCCAGCAGAGGCGAUUCCCUGCCCGAUCAAGGCAAGAGCCCACCCAGCAAAGAAGACCAGAACCCGAACAUGGAGCCCGGUGACGCGAUCGAGGUGCAGGAGUCGAUCGAGGCCAAGCCGAGCGUGGACGAGGACGUCGAGAUGGAGGAUGCCGGCGGCCCUGACAAGGGAGACGCGGCCGCGCCUGGUGCUGAUGCCGAUGCCGAUGCGGACGGCGAGGCUGAUGCCGAUGGCGAGCCCGAUGACACUGGGACUGGCGCUGCGCCCACGCCCACGCCCAGCAGGGAGCCGAAGAAUCUCCACCAGCAGAUUGAGACGACGGCUCAUUACCUUUCAAAUUAUGAGGAAGAUGGGCAGGAGAUUGCUGCUGGCUUCCAGCGCAUACCGAACAAGCGCCAGCUUCCCGACUACUUCGACGUGAUUAAAGAACCGAUCGCCUUUAGUACGAUAAGGGGAAAACUGCUCAAGAAGUCGUACACGGAGUUCAGCCAGUUCGUCAGGGAUGUCGCGCAGAUCUGCCACAAUGCGCAGGUAUACAACCGCCCGUCUGCACCGAUAUUCGAAGCUGCCGUGAGGCUACGCGAGAUCUUCAAGAAAAAGCUGCAGGAGUAUGUGGGCAACGGGGAAAUCACGGCCGAGGAUGCUGAGCUGCCCGAUCUAGGUGAGUUGCCUCCCGUCGACGACUCGCCGCUCGCCGAGCAAGGCGAGUACGACGAGGAUGAAGAGGACGAGGCGGAAGACGAGGACGAUGAAGACGACGAGGAGGAGGACGAAGAUGACGAUUCUGACGAUGACGGUGUCCGCCGACGCGGACGGAGAAGGGGCCGCCCGUCGAUGGGGGGCAGAAGAGACCGAGGUGACGAUGGCGAUGAUGCGCACAAGAGACACGGCCGCCCGCCAAAGGUCUUCACGCCCCUGGAGGCUCGCACCCUCGCGCUUCUCAAGGGCUUGCGCAAGUUCAAGAAUGACGAUGGGGAGUUGCGCAUCACGGCCUUCGAGAAGCUCCCGGACAAGGCGGUCGUGCCGGACUACUACACCACGAUUCAGAAUCCAAUUGCGAUAGACACCAUCAGGAGGAAGCACAAGCGUAAGAAGUACCAGAACAUCGACGAAGUUCUGGCGGAUCUGGAGAUCAUGUUUGAUAAUGCUAAGGAGUACAAUGAGGAGGGCAGCGAGCUGUAUGAGGAUGCGGUUGAGCUGCAGAAGCAAGCCCGCCUGCUUGCCGAGCAGGAGAAGGCGAAACCGGAUGAUGAGUUUUGCGAUGAAGAAGGAAGGCUUCCGUUGCUGGGCAUCCAGUACAAGGGGGAGAUUUGGAGAGUCGGUGACUGGGUCCAUAUUGCGAACCCCAACGAUCCGCGGAAACCUAUUGUCGCCCAGAUAUAUCGGACUUACCAAGACAAGGCCGGCCUCAAAUGGGUCAAUGCCUGCUGGUACUACCGCCCCGAGCAGACGGUUCAUCGGUUCGAGAAGCACUUCUACGAAAACGAGGUCUUCAAGACAGGUCAGUACCGGGACCAUCGCAUCGAGGAAAUCGACGAUCGCUGUUUUGUCAUGUUCAUCACCAGGUACCCCAAGGGUCGGCCCAGGGGGUACCCUCCAGGCAAGGCCGUCUACGUGUGUGAGUCCCGAUACAAUGAUGAGAAGUUCACGUUCAACAAGAUCAAGACCUGGGCCAGCUGCCUUCCGGACGAGGUCCGCGAGAAGGAUUACGAGAUGGACCUCUUUGCGGUCCCCCAUAGGCUGAGGAAGGCGCCGAGCCCCAUCAAGCACUUGCUUCGGGAAGAUGCAAAGGAGACCGACGCCCUCCCGAAGCCUACUUGGGCGAGCCCCAACGCUCCUCCCAUGAUUGGGGCAGUCCAUCGUCGCCCUCGAGAAGUGAAUGAAUCACCUCCUCCCGAGCCGAUGCCCACCCCAACAUCUGCUCCGCCGCCCCAAUUGCACAUGGACCCUACACGGCGCCCGUCUGUCAAGAGCGACGUCAGCAUGACCGGGACACCAUAUGUUCCUGCCGCACCGCUGGUGGCCCCCUCGCCAUCCGCGAUGCACUAUGUCCAGCAAUUCGCGGCACCAGCGCGGCAAGCAGCUACCCCCGUACCGCAAAUUCCCCAGCCCAUGCAUCACCUCCAGGGUGUGCCGCCCCAAGUGCCGCAUCCUAAGGCGCAGAUGGCACAGGCGCCGCAGUACCACUCCUACAAUACCCCCACGUAUGUGCCGCAGCAAAUGCAGCCCGCCACCCAUUAUCAGGUGUCCCAACACAUUGCGACCCCGUACGACCACCACCGCGCCGCGAACCCGGCCGCCAUGACGCCCUCUCGGCAGCAGCAGCAGCCGAUGGCGCCAUCGCCGAGCGUGAGCGCGAUGCCUGGGCCCCAGGCACACCACGCCAACACGCACGGGCACGCGAACCAGUAUAACAUGCCGGCGCGUUCCUAUGAGGUGUUCCGGAUCCUGGACCCCAACGUGGAGGCGGGCAUACCGGCCGAGGUGCGGCAGCAAUUCCACCGCGACGACGAGGGCCGCCUGCUCUUCUUCUCGGCGGCGUCGCGGGAGCCGGAGCGCGUGGCCCGUGUCGCGGACCAGUACGCCGGCCUGGGCCACAGCGUGUCGCACCUGGCGAGUAUCCGCCAGGUGCGCGAAGAGCGUCGGCGGAAGCGGAAGGAGAGGGAUGAGGCGAUGGCCGGGGAGGCGAGGCAGGCUGAGAAGAGGGCCAAGGCGGAGGGGGAGGAUCAGGGUGGUGAGGGGGACAGGGCCGGGACCGAGCAGGGCAGACUGCUUGCUGAGGCAUUGAUCGCGUGGGCGGAGGAAAUGGACCGUGGGACGGCGGCGAUCAACGAGGACCUGCGGGGCUGGAAAGAGGUCAAGAGGGCGGAUGCCGAGGAGAAGAAGAAGGCCAGGGCGGGGAGGACGACGACGACGACGUGA